UUGAUACAUAAACCACCAUAUUAUCAUAUUAUCAUAAAAUCAGACUUCGGAGACGUCCGCUUCAACAAGAUCUUCGACAUAGCGCCAGGGGUGUUUACCCACCUGCACCGUUUGCGCUCCUUGCUACUCAACGACAAUCAGCUCAGGGAGCUGCGUUCCGGAGCCUUUCAUGGCCUCCGGCGCCUUAAAUACCUUUACUUAUAUCGUAAUCGUAUCCAGCAUAUCGACUCCGAUGUGUUCCAGGGUAUGAUACACCUCGAACAACUAUAUUUACACGUCAACGAAAUACACCAAAUCGAGCCUGAAACCUUCUCACACCUGCCACGACUUGAGAGAUUGUAUUUACACAACAAUCACUUGAAGAGAAUCCCGCCUGGCUCAUUCCGAGGCUUGGCGAACCUACGCAAGCUACGUUUAGACAGCAAUGCUCUAAUUUGCGAUUGUUCGAUGCUUUGGUUUGUCCGCAUGCUAUCGGAACACCGUGCCAUGGAGAUUGCAGCAACUUGUUAUGAGCCAGCAAGUGCUACCGGCGCCUCUUUAGCCACUAUGAAGGAGCACGAUUUCCACUGUCGUUAUCCUGUAUUUACUAUUCUACCACGCGAUCAAAUUACUAGACUGAACGAAAUUGUCAGAUUUGACUGUGUUGCUAAAGGAAAUCCUGCACCUCAUAUACUAUGGUACUUCAACCGAGCAAGAAUUUUGUUGACUGACCGCAUAACGAUGCAUCACAACGGAUCAAUUGUAAUUGAAAAAAUACAACAAACGGAUGCAGGACAAUAUACUUGCCAUGCCGAAAAUCUAAACGGAAAAAUUACAGCUGAAGCGGUUCUUGAAGUUAUGGUUGCUCCCGCCUUUAUCACUGUUCCACAAGAUCAAGUUGUAACUAUAGGAGAAACUGCUGAAUUUAGAUGUACAGCAAGAGGAGCACCAAAACCGGUAAUUACAUGGUAUAGGAAUACAAUGGUAUUGCCACCAAGCGAAAACAUCAUUUUUUCCGAUAACAAUGAAAACUUAACAAUACUUCAAGUAACGACCGAUGAUGAUGGAUUAUAUCAUUGUAGAGCAGAAAACUCGCAAGGACUAACUGAAAUAUCUGCAAUUCUGAAAGUAGACGAAGCUCAAAUCAUACCACCUAAAAUAAUUUUAAAACCGGAAGAUACAGAUGCAUUUAAGGAGACUUCGGUUCAAAUGCCUUGUGAAGUGGAUGCAGAACCACCAGCUACAAUAGAAUGGAGAAAAGAUGGAUCACGAAUAGAGCCAAAUGAUAGAAUUUCUAUUUCGAUAAUUGGAAGCUUAAUUAUUAACAAUAUCACCAUCACCGAUUCAGGUCGCUAUGAAUGCUCAGCUUUUAACGAAUAUGGCCGAGACACCGUCUCGGUAUUUUUGACAGUUAAGGAUCACAUUCUACCAGGCGACGAAUAUGUCAAUAUAGCUUUGACGGAAGCGACACGAGAUGUUGAUCAAGCUAUUUCUAGAACUAUGGAACAAUUAUUUAAAAACGAUAACUCCAAAGCCAACUUGCUUGAUUUGUAUAGGAUCUCACGAUUUCCUAACGCUCCUGCAAGAGAGGUUGCACGAGCUGCGGAAAUAUAUGAAAGGACUUUAGAGAAAGUUAGAGGUUUCAUACAAUCAGGACUAAAGAUUACUUCAGCUGAUCCAUUUAAUUAUGAACAAGUAGUUUCGGCACAACAUUUAGAAGUCAUUGCUCGCCUAUCAGGUUGCGUGGCACAUAGGGAAGAGAAGGACUGUUCAGACAUGUGCUUCCAUAUAAAAUAUCGAAGUGUAGAUGGCAGCUGUAACAACUUUGAUCAUCCUACUUGGGGCACUUCUUUAAGUGCUUUUCGCAGAAUACUUUUUCCUAUAUACGAAAAUGGAUUUAGUCAUCCAGUUGGCUGGAAUAAAAACAUUACAUAUAACGGUUAUACUUUGCCGAGUGCGCGGCUCGUAUCGACCGCUAUCAUUUCCACUAAAGAAAUAUCUCAAGACAUCGAAAUCACUCAUAUGGUAAUGCAGUGGGGGCAAUGGUUAGAUCAUGAUUUGGAUCAUGCGCUUCCAUCGGUGAGCUCACAAACCUGGGAUGGUGUAGAUUGUAAGAAGACUUGCGAUUAUGCUGCACCAUGUUUUCCUAUUGAUGUACCCGAAGGGGAUCCACGUAUUAGUAACCGUCGUUGCAUUGAUUUCAUAAGGACAAGCUCAGUUUGUGGUUCGGGAAUGACUUCCGUGCUGUUCGGAAAAUUGCAACCAAGAGAACAAAUAAACCAACUAACUUCCUUUAUUGACGCUUCUCAAGUAUAUGGUUUUGAGAAAGCUGUAGCCGAAGAUUUGCGAGAUUUAACUAAUGACAGUGGAUUAUUGCGUGUAGGGGCUACUUUCCCAGGACGAAAACCAUUGUUGCCUACAAUUGGUAUUAAUGGCAUGGACUGCAGACGUAAUUUAGAAGAAAGUAAUCGCAAUUGCUUUGUAGCAGGUGAUAUUAGGGCUAAUGAACAAAUCGGACUGGCAGCAAUGCAUACAAUUUUUAUGCGAGAACACAAUCGGAUUGCUACUAAGCUUAAAGCUAUUAAUCCAUUUUGGGAUGGCGACAGAGUUUAUCAGGAAGCUCGCAAAAUUGUAGGUGCCGAAAUACAAUUCAUUACUUACAAACACUGGUUACCGCUGGUUCUUGGCCCCGAAGGUGUUCAACAAUUGGGCGAAUACAAAGGAUAUAACUCCAAAAUUAAUCCGUCUAUUUCUAAUGUCUUCGCCACGGCAGCUCUAAGAUUCGGUCAUACCAUGAUUAAUCCCGUUCUUCAUCGCUACGACGAAAACUUUGAGCCAAUACCUCAAGGCCAUUUAUUAUUGCGUUACGCUUUUUUCUCUCCAUGGAGGCUUGUCGACGAAGGAGGCGUAGAUCCUUUGCUGAGAGGUAUGUUCACAACACCUGCAAAAUUAAAAACUCCUACGCAAAAUCUCAAUUCUGAACUCACUGAGCAGUUGUUCCAUACUGCACAUGCUGUAGCUCUCGAUCUGGCUGCGAUUAAUAUCCAAAGAGGGCGUGACCACGGUUUACCUCCUUAUACCAAAUUUCGAGACUUUUGUAAUAUGACCGAAGUUAACACAUUUGACGAUUUAGCAACUGAAAUAUCAGACAAAAAUGAAACGAGCUUAGCUAGAAUUCUGUGCGAUAAUGGAGACAAUAUUGAUACUAUUGGUGAAAAUGUUUUCUUAUUACCAGAAAUUCAAGAUGGGUUAAUUUCAUGCGAUGAUUUGCCAUCAAUGGAUUUACGUUAUUGGGCAGAUUGCGAUAGUUGCGGUGAAGAUGAGGAAGGUGAAAAGCAUCGAUCCCGCAGAGAUGUUUCCUCGGUAAAUGACAUUUACAGUUCCUUUGCUGAUUAUGAGGAACGUGUGAAUCACCUCGAAAGUUCUCAUGAUGAAUUGGAAAAGAUGGUAAAGGCAUUGAAAAUACGUAUAAAAUAUUUAGAGGAUUUGAUAAACGGAUUCCCAGCCAAUUAA